UGUGGCAGAGGAACAAAAGCUAUACAUACUGAAUGGAUUAUAGCCUAGAAAGCUGACAACGCUCCUUAAAAAGCUGUCACUCUUUGUUCAUCGCGAUUUCACAAAAUGAAUCUCUCUACAUUGCCCGAUCAAUCUAUUAUUUAGCUUACAUCUUGUAUACACUCCAUAUGUUAUAAUGAGAGGUUUCAAUUGUAUAACUCAGCACGGAACGAAAAAGUGUGCGUUGCAGCCUUUGGGUAUGAGAAAAAAACAGCAUGUACUGUCAGGAGGAUGAUGAAAAUGGAGAGCCUUUAAGUCCGUGAAAGUUAAAUGCACACGGGCAUUUACAAGCUACAAAAACGAAGGAAAGCUAAGGAAAGAUGGGAAAACACCAACGAACCCCGCCCCUUGGUAAUACCGGUAUUACCGGUGUUGUCACACGUCGAUUAACCUGUGGGAAGAUUUCUUUACCGUCACAACCCUGAUAUUCAAAGUGCAAUUUUUCUUUUUGGAAUUUUCAGUGUGAAUAAACUAUUUGCACUAGUUAUAAUACAAAACGUCACAGAACAGCGCAUAAGUACGUGAUUUGGGACGCACCUAGGGAAACAGGAACUGAACAAUGACAGAUAUCCCUUCUGAUAAUGUGUAUGCUUAUGCAUUAUCAAAAACCCUCACAAAAGUCUCUUCUCCUUUGACGGUGGGUUUGUAUUCAGAAUGUCACAACAGGAUCAACAUGGUCCUCAAGAAUAUUGAGGUUUAUAUGAAUCAUGAGGCCAAAAUAAGAGAAGAGAAGUAUACUAAGGAACCAAAGCCUCGCUCAAUUACACCCUCUAUUUCUGACAUGCUCUCUCUGAUCUUGCGGCUCCUCUUCUAUCGGCCUGUUUGGACGGAGCAGAACCAGAAAAUGAAGAACAUUCGUUAUAUGUUUGUGAGGUUCAGUGCAUGGCAUUUUGCAGGCAGUGACCUUCUCUGGGCGGGUCUGGUAAUGCAGUUGUCCAAGGCUCUUCAGAACAGCUUUGGUAAACUCCAGCUAGGCCUCUUCCGGAUCGCCCAGCAUGAUGCAGAGAAAGAUGCAGGGAAAAAGAAGAUUGAGGAUAUUCCAAAGAACUGGAGGUCCAAAAAGUUGGGCUACAUUCCCAUUUGGGCACUAAUACUUACAGGAUUCAUCGGUUCACUUGUUAUUCUGGUUUCUAUAAUCAUGUUUGGAUUUCCUGAUUUGAAGGAACACCUAGAAGGAGAAAAGGUUGAGGAGUCAAGUGGGUAUGGUGCACUGGAAGGUUUCGCCAUCGCUGUACUUGGUGUUCCUGCAGUCGGAGCUCUAAGAUUUAUAUUAUUGUUGUUAAAGAACCUCAUCUUCAACCAGGACCUCAAAAUUAGACAAGGGCUGGACAACAAGAAGGUAAGUCAGCAGCUGGGACUGAUGCAUGAAGUUCGGAAGGAGAUGAGACUGCUCUGCUGCUUCAUUUACUUCAUGGAGAUCUUUGAAAGGAGGAGAAUCAAGGUGGUGUUGGAGAUCACAAACUUGGACCGCUGCACACCAAAGAAAAUUGUAGGCGUUUUGGAUGCCAUCAAUAUUCUCCUAUCUGAUGAAGAGAGUCCCUUCAUUUCUGUGCUUGCUGUAGAUCCGGAAGUCCUGGUUAGACAGGUCCAACAGGCAAAAUACUGUCUAAGCAAAAGAAACUCUGCAUUUGAAUUUUUAGAUCGUAUAAUAACAUUGCCCUUUACUGUACCUCAACUAUCUAAUGCAUCAAAGUCCAUCAUCUUUGAAAACAUUGUGCGUGGUCAGUCUGAGAUCCCUGAAGACAUUCCUCUCCAGGAGACUGGAGUAUCUACUUUAGGAGGUCCCAGGACAUUGUUCUCGGUUGAAGAAGAGUGUUCGAUAAUAUACAGUGAGACUGAAGAAGAGCAAGCCAUUCCUUUGAUAGCAAAAAAAGGAAACUUUGCAGAACUUAAUCUAGAAGAAGUGGAUAAGUUAACCGAGUCUGCAUUUUCCUGCAUCACCUCAAGAGAUAAAAACAAACUUCAAACUUACAUAUCUGGAGACACAAUGUCCAUGAGACGAGUGAUUAACUCCAUUCGGGUAACUAUUCUGAUUAUGGAGACCCGAAAAUUAGAGCCUCCACCUCCAGAGAAAAUUGCUGCAUGGGUGGUUUUGGUGGACCGCUGGCCUUGCAGAUUAAGUUGGAUUCUUCAGUGUGUUGAAGAUGACCAACAGAGUGAUGAGAUAGACAGAUCAUUCUGUGCUGCUGAUAAUACCAAGACACUAUGGGAAGUGUUCAGUUACAAUAGCCUGGAGCUCUGCAUCGUUGGAUAUGCAGUGGAGAACUUUCUGGAACGAGACGGGGACCCUGAGCUGUUUGAGAUUUUCCUCAGGAAAGACUUCAAUUUCACUGUAGGGGAGUUGGAAAUGUUUAAGCUUUGCACAGUGAACUUAAACUACUCCAUCAAGAAUGAGCUGGCCAGGGUCCGUGGGAGCCGCAGACUCAAGAGAGCAGGGAGAAAUGCUUUCCUGUCCCUUUCAUCAAGAACUGUAAUGAACAUGAAAAUGGAAGAUAUUUGUCAAGAGAUGUCAAAACUGAGUUUCCCAGAGAAAUACCUCGAAAUGGUAAGGGAAAAUUUCAUAGAUGGCAGAACAAUUCUCUUCAGUGACCCAAAAGACCUCAGGCAAGUCCUGCAAAUGACUCUGGGUGAAUGGAUGACUUUUAAAAUUCAUUUCCUUGGGGUCAUACCUCCUAGUCGGCCAACUCAGGCAAAAACUCUUCCAAACGACACAAACCCUGGAGUGGUCAUAUGCCCAUCUGGCCAUCGCCAGUAAGCAGUAUAAACUGACCUUGAAGUUUGCAUCACUGCAUUUUUCCUCCUGUGCGUGCUUGCAAUGAAAUAAGAAUGUUUCAGGAAACAAUAACUAUAAAAAUAUAAUGCCCUUACGACAAAGAAAAAACAAGAUUGUAAAUGUACACGAGCGAAUCAGACUACUCAACAAAUGAUGACAUUUAAAAAUAGAGAUUUGUUAUACAGAAAACUUUCAGUCUUCAAACAGAUCAGAUUUGUAACAUGCAUUAUUUAUAAUGGGAAGAGAAGCUUUGUUUCUCUUAACUAUUAAGAAGAUUUUUCAAUGGUUCUACAUAAAACUGCAAAUGUCAUUUCUGCAAUGAAUUAAAAUAAUAAAGGAAAUAAGGUAAUACAAUAUGCAUCCAAGUUCAAAAUAACAUAAAUAUUAGCUUGCUUGAUUUUAAUGUAUUGAUUCUACCCAAUGACUGAUAUUACAAACCUUAUAAGACUGUGCAACCAUCUUUUCUAAAAACAUGAAAAACUGUUUCAGCUAGUCUGCGCUUAUUCCCUACACAUUCACACCUGAUACACAGCAGGUCCAAUGAUAACACUAUUCAUAAGGUUAAAACUGUCAGACCAUAGAUCUGAUCUAUGAAGGAAAAUUAAACAUAAUCACACAAGAUAUUGCACUUUACAAAGCCAAAUUUUGUGUCUGUAAAUUAUAAGGUUUCUCUACAAUGAAACCGGUUACAUAAACACUCUGCCCAUCUGUCAUUGGCCAAACAAACAGGCCUGCCUCAAACUCAUUGGGCCUCGUCUUUUGUCAGAAUUAAAAAUACUAAGGGCAUAUAGCCUAAAAAUAAACAUCAUGGUAUAUUUUGAAAUAUAUCUCUGAGAUCACUGUACAAGGUUUGUAUAAAAUGUUUAUUGUCACCAAAGGUUGUCUCAAGUUUAAAUAUGUUACAAGAGUGCAAUAAAGCAUUACCACAAAACAUAAAAAAAAAAAAAAUCCACAUAAACAUUGUGUAACAGUCAAACAUCCUUUUAAUCUAAUCUAUGAAAUCUCUACAGUAUGCUAUGUUACAUGUGAACAAUUAUUCAUGAAAUUCCCAUGGCAGCUCCGGAGUUUCCGGUUUCAUUAUAUCACUUUUUCUAUACAAAAACUUUGGCAGUGUUUAGAAUCUGUACUUUGACACUUUAGUUUUACUUUCUAUAAAACUUUAAUAUAGGACUGAAUGACAGCGUGCAGAUGUUUUUUUAAUCGCACUGCCUGUCACUGAGUUUUACUUUAUGCUCUGUGGAAAUGGGGCUUCUGAGAAAGCGGAGAAAAUAUAUAUCUCUCAUGCAGCUCAGCGAAGACCUCCCACAGAUCUAUGGUGGAACAUAACACUAAUGCAAAA